AUGCGAAUCGUUUGUAUUGGAGCGGCACCUACAGGCCUAGGGGCAGCUUAUCGCCUCAGUGAACUAAUUCAAGAGAGGCACGAAGCCGUUGAGGGUGUUGAAAUGAUCAUUUUUGAAAAGGAACCUCACGCUGGUGGUCUUUCAUGUACUGUAGAAGAUGACAAAGGUUUUUUAUGGGAUAUGGGCGGCCAUGUUACGUUCAAUCAUAAUUUUCCAUAUUACGAAAAAGCCGUCAAGUGGGCUGUCGAUGAAUGGAACAGUUUACAGAGGAAUUGUAUGGUGGAUAUGAACUACUUAUACGGUACGGACGGUAUCCAGUUAGUACCGUAUCCGGCACAAUUCGCAGUGCCUCUAUUUCCCGAUGAAGUGAAAAAGAACUGCCUCCAAGAGUUGAAGCACCGCUAUGAACAGGCCUCGGACGAUACGCCUGAAACUUUUGAGGAUUGGGUUAUAAAGCACUUCGGACCCACUAUAUUAGAAGUUUUCUUCAAACCAUACACAAAAAAGGUGUGGACCGUUGAGCCGAGCAAAAUGUCACCUAACUGGGUGGGUACUCGCGUCGCUAAACUACCGCAAGCAAAACUGGAGGAACUGUGUGCUAAGAAUAAGGAGGAAUUGGCUAAUGAGGACUUUGGAUGGGGACCAAAUUCAUUCUUCACUUUUCCAAAGUACGGAGGAACAGGAAAUAUAUGGAAUUCAAUGGCAAAGAAGCUUCCAAAGGAAUGGUUCAAGUUCAACACUGAGGUUAUCGCGGUAGAUCUAGUCGCCAAGAUCCUACGCUAUCAGUGCAAAAAUUCAGAUGAGGUUCGCGACAUGGAUUACGACGUUCUUUUGAGCGCUGCUCCAAUUGAUUUAUUGCUCAAGCAGACGAAACUAUGUCGAGAACUCAACAUUGAACGUAAUAAGGUGUUCGUCAUUGGUGUGGGCCUCGAGAAGCCGAUGACGGAGUUUCUCGAAAAGUUCACAUGGCUCUACUUUCCUGAUCCAAACGUGCCAUUCUUCCGAAUUACAAUGCUCAGCAGAUACGGCGAGGUAACUCCCGACAAUAACAAGUUUUGGUCACUCUUGUGUGAAUGCGCACGUCCUGUUGAUGACACGGUAACGGAGAAAGAGAUCGUCAGACAGACAAUUGAUGGCCUUGUCAUGAAGACCUUAAUACGAAGAGAGCAAAUAGUCUCGGUCUACUCAGCCACGUUACCGUACGGGUACCCGAUCCCUACACCAGCACGUGAUACCGAACUCACUCGUGUUCAUCGCGAUCUGGAAAAGCAUUGCAUAUAUUCACGAGGACGCUUCGGAGGAUGGAAGUACGAAGUGUCUAAUCAGGACCAUUGUUUUAUCCAAGGUAAGGAGUUUAUUGAUCGGGUGUUAUUGAACGAGCCAGAGAUACUCUAUAAGACUGGACUUCCCGAAAAACGUGGAUAA